UUUCGUUUAUACCGAUAUAGCAUAUAUUUUGUAUAAGUUAAACAUGCGUGUUUAUAGUUCAUAAUUUAAAAUUUGGCUGUCUUUUUGUUGAAAAGUAAGGAUUUGAGAAUUACUGAUGACUUACCAUGGGGAUAACAUUUGGAAAAAAGAAGAAAGUUGUUCGGACAAUUGUACUAACCCCACCAACACUGGGUAUAGAGGAAGAGGUGAUCUUACACAAGCCUUCAAAACAGACCAUACAACAAGGGACCGCCAUCAGAGAUAAAAAUGUUCCUCUGUAUAUCCGGAAGUUGCACACAUGGGCUUGGGAAAACGCGCAUCAUCACCAUACAAAGAAAUUUACAUUACCAAAGUCAGGAACCCUUGUAGUUCGGAGAGGUCAGCCGUUCAAAAUAACAUUGACCUUCAACCGUCCAUAUAACUCUCUGAACGAUGAACUAAAAUUUUACUUUGAAACAGGAGACAAACCCUUGCCCGGAAAUGACACAAUGAUAUGUAUGUCGUCAUACACUUCCCAAGGUUCCAGUGGAUGGAAAUCUGACUUCCUUCCGGUCAUUGGAACUAAAAACAGGGACUGCAUUGAAGCGAACCUGUGGAUCUUCACCCCUGCAGACUGUAUCGUGUCUGACUGGAAGUUUUCCUUACAGAGUAUCUUACGGACGGAGACGGAAACUGCUACGGUAACAUACGAACAUCCGGACAGAAUCUACGUACUCUUCAAUCCUUGGUGCAAAAACGAUGCUGUGUAUCUGCCAGCAGAGCCUCUUCUUGAUGAAUAUAUUAUGAAUUCCGCCGGCAUCAUGUUUACAGGUUGUAGAAAACGAAUGAACGUCAAACCUUGGGUAUUUGGUCAGUUUGAGAGUGGUAUUUUAGAAGCGUGUUUAUACAUCAUCAAACGUGGCUUCAAUUUCCGCACAAACCAAUCUAUGGGUGACCCAGUUGCCGUUACAAGAAAUAUAUCUGCAAUUAUAAAUGCUGAAGACAAUAAUGGCGGUGUUCUAAAAGGAAGAUGGUCAACGAACGACUUUACGGACGGACGUCCUCCGACUACCUGGAGCGGAAGUGUCGCCAUACUGAAACAAUAUCUAGAAAAUGUCCUUGCAUGUAAGGGAGAGAACCCAGAACCAGUCAGAUAUGGGCAGUGCUUCGUCUACGCUGGACUUGUUGCUACCAUUUGUAGGGCAGUUGGAAUACCAUGUAGAUGUGUGACCAAUUACAACUCCGGGCGCGGGACAGACGGUCGGUUAGCUAUAGAUUUCUACUAUGAAAUCAAGGAAGAUGGAACUAUAGAAGAAGUUGAAGAUGACGAUGAUGAGAGUGAUGACCUUGUCUGGAAUUUCCAUGUAUGGAAUGACGUGUGGAUGAGGCGUACGGAUGUUGCCAAACCUUGCAAUGAGCCUGACUGGCAGGCCCUGGAUGCCACACCUCAAAUAUCUAGCACAAAUGGUCUUCACAGCUGUGGACCAGCUCCACUUCAUGCUGUCAAAAACGGACUGACGGACAUCAGAUAUGACGUCAGUUACAUAUUUGCUGAAGUGAACGCCGACGUUUUACAUUGGUUAAAGGUCGACAUGGGCAACUGGACGGUGUUCAAUGUUGAGGAAACAAGAAUAGGGCAGUCUAUCAGUUCUAAAACUCCUGACGGUCGACCAGCAAUUCUUUCGUAUAAAUACAAUCUGGCAGAGAUGAGUAGAAUCAGACAGGAUGUCACCAGUGACUACAAAUACAAGAAAGGUACAAAGAUGGAGAAAGAAGUGGUACAGAGACCUGCCAGGAAAGCAAGACCCAUGCACAGAUGUAAAGCUAAAGAUAUCCAGUUUCGCCUGGCUGAUAAGGACUACGAGUAUAUCGGCGAUGACUUCAAUAUAAAAGCGAACAUUACAAGUUAUGCAAUGGAGGAAAGGACGGUCCAGGUUAUGUUACUCUGUGAAAGUGUUCAUUACAACGGAAAAAGACACAAAAUCGUAAAACAAAAACAGUGCACUAUCAAAGUUCCACCAGGGGAGAAUGAACAGUUACAAUUAGGUGUAUAUGAGGAAGACUAUAUAGGGAAACUUGCGGAACAUACCUGUAUGAGACAAGUAGGUUAUUUAAGGGUCCAGGAGACAGAUCAGAUAGAAGCCUGUGUAGAUGAUUUCCUUCUACAAAAACCUCAUUUAGAAAUGACAGUACAAGAGACGGUUUACAAGGGAACGAAUUUCCCUCUGAAGUUAUUUUUCAAGAACCCGUUGCAUCGAACCCUGAAAAACUGUACUGUUAGUGUGGAAGGUGUUGGGCUUGAGUCCAUGAUGUUUAUCAAAAAGAUUGACAAUGUGCCUGCACAAUGUGAAUGGACGGGUAUAGUGAAUCUUAUGCCAGUCAAGAGCAAAAACUUGGAUAUAUCAGCUACAUUCCAUUGCAGAGAAAUGUUUGAUAUAAUAGGAACCUUAGUUGUGAAGGUUGAACACGAACGCGAAGAACAGAAGGACAUUCUCAACAGAAGUAUUCCGAGUGAUGCAACCGGAAGUGUUACAAUUCCAAAUAUAUCAACGAAUACUUCAAGGGUAUCUUUUCAUGCGUGAAAAAGAAGUAAAACAGAUAAAUCGAUUUAUAUAAUUAGUUAAAGGCAAGGACAUGGCUUGACUUUCAUGUCAACUUAAAUUGUGUUUGUAGCGGACCUGAAGGUUCCCAAAAUAAGGGCAUUCUUUCACCAAUCCCAUAGGCCUACUGAUAUACAAUGUAACAUUCUUAUACAAAUCACAAUCAGAUCAGAUCUGUUGAAAGAAGGUACGCUUAUAAUUGUGAAGCGGGUUGUGUAUUCUACUUUUUUUUCAUAAUCGUUUUAGCUCUGUUAAAUCACAGGAGUCUGAAAUUCCAUCAAUAAGACCAUAGAAGUCUAUAUUUACAAAAAAUACCCCCUAUAUAUAUAUAAAAUAAACACCAGGAAUGAAACGUCAAAAACCCAGGGUCCCCUGAAAAUACGCACGGAACACAGGGUGAUCGCAAUUUAGCGAGCGUGGUGAAGAAAUAACACU